CUUUUCUUUUACUCUGCAUUCUCUCUUUCUCCAGUUCAAGAAUCCAAUUCGAAGACUCUUGUAUCUACGAAGUCAAAACCAUACUCCAAGGGGAAAACCACAAAGUAAACCGACUAACGACCAAAACACAAGCGGCCAUGCCCAAUCCAAAGCGCGCUGCAGCCUCGAAAGCCUCCAAUGUCCUUGACGGAAUCCAGCAGACGUUCAAGCCGUAUAGGUCUGAAGCUCUAGCACGCAUCCGAUACAAUUCGUUCUAUCUACUCGUUCUUGUCGUCGCAACGACGUUACUGCCCCUGCCUGGGCUUGUGGAGAGUGUACUGCUCAUUGCGAAUCAAGGACCCAAGCCCGAUUUCUGGUCGGACGACUGGGUCCAUAGAAGCCUUUGUAUCGCCGAAGCGACGGUGCUCGCAUUGCUCUUGUGGAACAUCCUUGAAUCGCUUUACGCCCUAAACUAUCCACCACCACCGCUUCCACCAACUCCCUCACGAGCGCUGAAACACAUGAGGUCUCCUCAACCUGUGAACACAACACCGAAAUUCAAGCUGCUUUCUACGAAGUCCAGCCCACAACCGCAAAAACCUUUUGCGUUCUCGCCCUCUUCAUCCCUCUCAUCCUCAGCACUCCUCUCAGGCUCUGCGGCUUACCCACCGUCGCCCGUCUCCACACCUUCGAGAACGCUCCACUACUCCUCUCUAUCCCUUAGCACAUCGACACCUGGAAGCGCUGGAGGUCUUGGAGGCUCGACGUCGACCCUGGGCUACUCACCCAGCCCCAAAGUAAGCGUGUACAGAGCAAAGGGCGUGGGUGCAGGGAGUGUCGGACGUGCUUUGGACGCCUCAUAUCUCGGCAAACUGUCGAAGACAGAACGCGAUGAAGAUGAAGAGUGA